AUGGAAAGCCAAAUGGGUCAGAAUACGCCCUGGAAUGGGCAAAGGGGAGGCUUCUACAUACUCAGGGCAGCAGAUGAGAUCAUCCAUGAAGUAUCAGAUUUUAUUCAGGAGAUUCAAACUUCUGAACCAAGAGCACAGGAUGACAGCACUGUAUAUCGACCUCCACUGAUUCGUAGUGGAUCCAGAGGUGCACCAUCUUAUGUCAUUACACAGGAUCAGCUGUCAUUUUUGUUGUCUUGUGGCUUCACUGUAAAACAGAUUGCACAAAUUCUACACACCUCCAUAUCCACAGUCAAGCGACGUUUAAGGUGCUUCAAUCUGUUGCAGUCUUCCUCAUACUCAGACAUAUCUGAUGCAGAUUUAGAUGAAAAAAUUAGGGAUCUAGUGGCUGGAAAUGACCAGCUUGGACCAGAGGCAGUUCGAGCACAACUGAGGACAGAAGGAAUUGGGGUUCAGAGGUGCAGAGUGAGGAGCAGUAUGCAUCGUGUCAACCCAAGGGCUGCAGCUCUCAGAGCAAUGUCUCAGCGACUACGUAGAAGGGCCUACCGUGUCACAGGACCUAAUUCUUAUUGGCAUCUUGAUGGAAAUCACAAACUAAUAAGAUGGAGGAUAGUAAUUCAUCGUGCCAUUGAUGGCUACAGUCGGCUUGUCACCUUUCUCCAAGCAUCUAACAACAAUCGCAGCAGCACUGUCAUGAACUGCUUCUUGGAUGCCAUUUCCAAAUAUGGAGUCCCUUCCAGAGUAAGGACUUGA